UUUCGUGCUUCGAUGCGGCAAGACUCGUUUCGCCGGUGGCGGUUUGAUCGUCAGUUUCGGUGAAGGUUUUUUUUGUGGAGUGCCACCCCUAGAAUCAUCCCGGUAAUGCCAGGUUACGUCAAUCGGCGGAGACGACGAUAGUGUGUCGGGAGUUUCAGUAGUUGUUGUUGGUGUGACUUGCCGCGCUUAAACCAGCCGGUGAAGGGAGGCACCGUAAUCGUUAUCACUACCCACGACUAAGCAAGGUUGAUCAUAGACGGUGGUGGUUCGACGACGAAACCUGCAACCAAUUUUCGGCAGAACAUUCGUUGCGUUGCCGUCGCGGGGCUUAGACCGAAAUCAUCCUGCCCGAGCCUGAACACAACUGGCAUUUGAUGGGCUGAUCGCGUACAAGUUGAAGGUGAACUUCGCACGGGACAAACAUCGGUGGCUGGCGGAUGUGAAAGAAGUUGCAGCAUCAAUUUGGCGUGUAUGCUAGCCAGAUUGUGUUACAAAAUCCGUAAAAGAGUACAAAAGAAGAAAAGAAAGAAGGAAGAAAGUGCUCAAAAAGUGAUAACAAGUGCCAAGCAAGUGUGUAAGUGUGGUAUUAAUUUAUAAGUUGGGAAGUUUGCAAAGAAGGUUGUGGAGAGAAGAAAAGUGCAAAGUUAAACAAACAAGUCUGAGAAUAGAGUAGUACAAGUCGUUAGUUAAUUUACCGCGACUUAACGCGCGGUGCUGCUAACUGAAGUUCGCGUGAGUGUGCUUCCAAGAUGACCUUGCCAGAUGUGCUGAAUCCGAGCCCGGAGGUGGUGGAACAGCUGAGGGAGUCUUUUCGGCAGAAGAUGAAAAACGACGAAUUGAAAAUUCCACCUGGCGGAUUUCACCCGCAUGACCUGAACAAGAUCUUCGCCAACGACGUGUGGCUGACAAAGUUCCUGGAGAACAACGAUCUGGACAUGAAGGCAUCGCUGCAGCAGGUCUGGGACACCUGCAAGUGGCGAAAGACACAGAACAUUAAUGAAAUCAGCGAGGAGAACAUCCGCAUGGACUACGUGAAAGAAGGCAUCAUGUUUCCACGGGGGAAGGACCUCGACGGGAAGACGCUGUUCAUCUACCGGGCAAGUUUGUACACGCGAGGGUCCAAAAGUCUAGACGAAAUGAAACGAAUGUUCCUGUACUGGUUGGAACGAAUAAUUCGCGAAUCCAACGACGAUUACAUUACGAUCGUAUUUGAGCUGUCCGACGCCGGACUCAGCAACGUAGACAUGGAGUAUACCAAGUAUAUCAUUGGUACGCUGAAGAACUACUAUCCAUACUCGCUUAACUAUAUUUUGGUGUUUGAUUUGCCAUGGAUACUUAACGCCACAUUCCAAAUCAUCAAACGCUUGCUACCGGCAAAGGCCGUCGACCGGCUGAAGAACAUCAACGGCAAGUCCAUCCGAGACUACGUCGACGAGGACAACAUGCUCGCGGCUUGGGGCGGAAAGGACGACUACGAGUUUACGUUUGUUCCGGAAGUGAGAGGCACCCCGGAACCGGCACUGACAAACAACAACUCCAUCAAUCAUAACAACAAUAGCAGCAACAUCAACGGCUUCAAAAAAGUUCACUUUGAAAAGCUCAGCCCGAAGGACUCCCCGAUGAACGAGUCGAUCAACUCCAACUUUGAAAACGGUGACGGCGAAAUGUUACGAAUAAUUCCACAAAACGUAAUUGCAUUUACCAAGUCCGGCACGGAGCUGGUCGGCAACGUGGAGAUCAUCAACAUUGAUACGAAACCCGUCACCUAUAAGAUCAAAACGACAGCCCCGGACAAGUUCCGGGUACGACCGAGCACCGGCGUGCUAGCGCCGUCCGCAUCCGCCACCGUGAACGUGGUCCUGCAGCAGGGCCAAACCAUCAACACGCUUAGCCGGGAAAAGUUCCUGGUCAUGUGCAUGGGCCUGGGCAAGGAGAUGUCGACAAACUCCCACGACGUUGCGGAACUGUGGAAGAACACAGCUGCCAACAGCGGCCACAUCGAGCAGCACCGACUCAAGUGCGCAAUCCCCGCCAACCUGGACCUGGACUUUAGCAAAGGAGGGAUGCCCCUGUACGGCAGCGCCGGCGGAGGUCCCGGCGGGGACAUGAACAUUUCCGGCGCGGGUGGCUUCGGUGCUGUGGGAGGGGACAAACAGUUCCAGCACUUCCAGCAAACGAUUGCCCAGCUAGGUGACGCAAACCAUCGGUUGGAGUCCCAACUCAAGUUCCAGCAGACGCUGCAGUGGAUCACGCUGGCACUGUUUGUGGUGCUGUCCAUCGCGAUCGUGUACAUUCUGAAGGCCGAGAUCAAGAACAGCGUCGCGACGCACUACUGAUUCGGAAGCAUGCAUGACAACGUCUUUAGUUUUUUUUUCUUUCUUUUUUUUCUGUGCGUCGCCUCUAACGAAGAACGACGGAAAGGGCGCACGUCGUACCGGAUGUAAUCCAAGGGAGUUUCAAGCGUAACUUCAAAAUCUAGAUUCAAUUUUGUAACUUUUAUGCCCUCUAGUUUGGCCUAUUCGUUUCUCGUUUAAUUUUUCGGUAAAGUCGCUAUUAUCCACUCGUCAUUGCGAUCAGCAGAUGGUUCUCGGAUGGUUCAGGUAAAAUAAGGUUACUUGUACAAAAUUUGUCGAUGGCUUUUAAUUAACGAUAUUUUAGUUGUACCAUAAUUUAAAAUAUAGUCAGUGGAUUGUAUUAUUUAAUUGUGAAUUAAAUUGCAUGGCAGAAAUAUAGUGACAGUUUAUCGAAAGAAA